CUAUAAGGCUAGUAAGACACAUCCUUUCAUUGGCCUAGACGUGAAGGUCGUAGGCGUGUCAUAUGUGACGUCAGAUAGUGUGUAUAAAUUCGAAAUUCAUUGUUGUGGGAUUGUAUUGAUACUGAAAUAGGGAGAAGUGAUAAACUGCCACGGAAUAUAAUAUAGAUUGAGACAGCACUCCUGAUAUUGUUCACUAUUGUGUCAGUUUUGGUUUUAGUUGCGUUUAGAAUUAAAGAUGUUGAGGAAGAUAUUAGCCGUUUUACUUGUUCUGUCUUACACAAGCUGCUUUACAUCAGCCUUUUUAAGGGGUCUUAAACACAAAUACGCUUUACAAAAGAGAUUAAACUCAGGUGUUUCCAGAAAAACAGAAGGAACAAAAUUAUAUUUUAAAGGCCGUCCUUUAAGUCCUUUGACACGCGUAAAUCGUCAUGAUAACAUUAUAUUAGAAUGUGAGGUUGGUGGCACACCAACGCCAACGAUACAUUGGCUAAAAAAUGGCGAACGUCUUUCACAGGGAGAAUACCGAGAUUUUCAUGAUGAUGAAGCAGCAUACGAAGAUCGGGUUGGCCGGAAAGGAAAACCCCUUUUACGACUUUCAUCCACCAAAUCUAAACUAUACAUAGAUUGCCUUAUCCCAGAAACAGAAGGGACAUAUUCGUGUAUUGCUGAAACGCCUUUUGCACGUAUUGAAAGAUCAAGCAAAGUAGUAAUAGAUAAUGAAAAAUAUAGCAGUAUAGAAAGUUGUCUAGUGAAAAAAUCUUUAGAAGGAGAAUCUGCAAGAAUAUAUUUAUGGACGUCUGCAAGAUUAGAAUUUGAAGAUGCCACAGUUCAGCUAUAUUGUCGGGCAGAGGGAAAACCCCAACCAAAAAUAACCUGGUUCGACAGAAAUGGUAAAGUAAUAACAGAUGGAGACGAAGGUUAUAAAGUUGCUGACAAUGGAGAUCUUAUUAUUAAACAAAUCAGUUGGAUGGAACAUAUGGGUCUGUGGAAAUGCCGAGCAGAAAAUGCAAACGGAGUUGAUACGAAAGAGACAUUCCUAUAUCCGACGGCUCGCGAUGAAGACGACGAGUUCCCUUUGUAAAAAUCUACAGGAAGUAGGGGCAGAUAACCCAACUAUUCUUCCUGAUAUCACAACAUGGCAAGACAGGACGGUAGGGGCGUGGUCAGUAGUGCGGUGUGGCGGAGCUUGGCGUAAUUUGUUGUUUGCCUUAUAUGGACAUCCUCUAUUUUUGUUGUGAACCCAGUAUUGGGUGACGUCAUCUUUGUUUUAGUGUGACCAUCAUUAAAGUAAAAAGUUUAUUGUUUUGCUCAAGACCUUUUGAGUUCAAUGAAGUCACCUGUGUCAACAGCAACUUAGUUUGUUGGCCAAUUUUUGUUAAUUUUUAACAUAUCUUCUUUGUGGCCAAAAAUACAACAUCUUAUUUUAUUAUUUUGUAAUAUAUUAUAACGAUAUGUGUUUUACGAAUAGAGUUGUUCCAUAAUUUAUUUUUAAUUUAAUUUUAAUUGUUUCGAACGACUAUUUAUAACCUACUGGUGAUCUGUUUUGAUGAAAGUUGGAAAAAUGAAAAUAAAUUAUGCAAAUAAUGGA